GUGUGUAACUAAAGCAGGCGUUGGGAGUGCCUUUCUUAAUUCGAUUGUUUCAUGAAACACGGUAUUCUGUGGUAAGAUUUAUUUUGUUACGCGGAAUCGGAGCCCUUGCCGCUCCUUGCAAUGGCCGCCGGUUCGACGUUGCAGAAAGCCAUCGACAUCGUGACUCAGGCUACGGAAGAGGACAGGAACAAGAAUUAUGAGGAAGCCCUGCGGUUGUACGAGCACGGAGUUGAGUACUUUCUGCAUGCAAUCAAAUAUGAAGCGCAGGGUGACAAAGCGAAGGACUCGAUACGAGCCAAAUGCUUCCAGUACCUGGACCGGGCGGAAAAGUUGAAGGCGUAUUUGAAAAAGGGCAAGAAGAAACCGGUAAAGGAUGGCGACGGACCGGCCGCGAAGGACGACAAGAAGAACGGCGGCUCCGAUUCGGAUUCCGAUGAUGCGGAAAAGAAGAAUCUGCAGAGCAAGCUUGAAGGUUCAAUCGUGGUCGAGAAGCCGAACGUGAAGUGGUCCGACGUAGCCGGUCUCGAGGGAGCCAAAACAGCUCUCAAGGAGGCAGUUAUUUUGCCGAUUAAAUUCCCGCAUAUGUUUACCGGGAAACGAAUGCCCUGGAAGGGAAUACUGCUGUUUGGCCCGCCCGGAACGGGUAAAUCGUACUUAGCGAAAGCGGUCGCAACCGAAGCAAACAACUCGACUUUCUUCUCCGUCUCGAGCUCCGACCUGGUCUCGAAGUGGCUCGGUGAAUCGGAGAAGCUUGUGAAAAACCUAUUUGAGCUUGCCCGUAGCCACCGGCCGAGCAUCAUCUUCAUCGACGAAGUGGAUUCACUCUGCUCCGCCAGGUCGGACAACGAGAGCGAAAGUGCACGACGUAUUAAAACACAGUUUCUGGUGCAGAUGCAAGGCGUCGGCAGUGACAAUGAGGACAUAUUGGUCCUAGGAGCCACCAAUACGCCUUGGAUUCUUGAUUCCGCCAUACGGCGCCGGUUCGAGAAACGGAUUUACAUCCCGCUACCAGAUGAAAAUGCCCGGCUGCUGAUGUUUAAGAUUCAUCUUGGCAGUACGGCCCACACAUUGACGGAGGAAAACUUGCGUACACUAGCCGCCAAAACGGAGGGAUUCUCCGGUUCAGACAUUUCGAUUGUCGUACGGGAGGCACUCUUCAUACCGGUUCGGAAGGUGCAGACAGCAACACAUUUUAAGCAAGUAACGGGCCCGUCGCCGGUGGACAAGAAAACAAUUUGCAACGAUUUGCUGGUACCGUGUAGCCCUGGUGAUCCCGGUGCGAUCGAGAUGACGUGGAUCGAUGUUCCGGGCGACAAACUGUACGAACCACCCGUGACGAUGGCCGACAUGCUGAAAUCUGUAACCAACACAAAGCCCACUGUAAACGAGGACGACAUGAAGAAGCUCGAUAAAUUCACCCAAGACUUUGGGCAGGAAGGCUAGGAGAGAGCGAGCUGCAUUCCCAUUACACAUUAACAGCCGGAGCAACGGAGUUAAUUCUAUCUAUUAAUGCCGGCUAGAUAUGCAGGUAUGUGAGUGAUCCAGUUCAGUUUGUAAUGGCAAUUUAUACUUUUGCUUAACUAAA